AUGGUCUACACACUUAUGCACGCUACAUAUGCGGGGCUUAGCUUCUCGGCUUCAGUCACCCGGUCCAUACUAAAAGAAGGAAGGAAGCCCAUGACGCCAGAAGCAGCCUACUUAGCAUUACUAUGCUGCCAUAGUUUCAUCCAAAAGAGCAGCCUUUGCACCCGCUCAUUGAUUCUCAAUUGGAUUCGUAGAUCCAGUAAUUGCCAGUUUGGCCAGCCUUUGGUGAAAGUAGAUUGGCUUUUCCCUUCCUGGUCGUCGGUUUAUGCCUGUGUAGAUUCAGCCCAAGUAUCAAUUGGCUCAGCGAAAGCAAUUCUUGAUCUCCUAAACAGUUCUUCUUCCUCGGGUUCAAGCAUCGAUUCCGCUAUCCCAAUAGGAUCAAGUCCUCUACAAGCAAUAAGGACCAAGGACGAAGGCUUACUCUUACGACGUAUUCUUCUUUUGCCUCUUCUCGAGCUCGUCAGUGAGGACCUUUGCGAACUCCCGUAUAAGCGGCUCAAGUCCUUCGACUUCUUCCUUUGGGCACACCCGGACAAGGGGAAGGUAAGCUAUUUCCAUUAUCAAGCGAGGUUUAGCUGCUCCCAAGCUCAACGGGCUCGGAGACCUAAGUUCAUUCAGAAGGAGAAGGCAGGAGAGGUACGUAGGUUCUUGUUUUCCUUCCUAAUUCAUUCAAGGAGUCGAGGAGCUUCCCCGAGGCGGAUUAGCGCUAAAUUCAAGCUUCCUCCUUCCGGAAAUACUAUGCUUCUUCCUUUGUCUACGCUGGGUUCCUUAUCCCCCGAAACCCUGCUAGCUUGUGGGCAUUUCUUCUUCUUACGUAUUCUUCCCAAAAGGCAUUUCACUUGGACUUUUCUUUAUACGAGUGGUAUCUCUUUGGGUCCUUUUGAUCGACUGAAGGUGGGGACUAUUCAAAUGAAUUUCUUUUCCGCCUCUACACCUUUCGCCGAUAAAGCAUGGAUACUUCUACUUGAUCACUAUACGAUAUUAUUCAAAGAUUGGGCAAUUACAUCACGCAUCCAGGAAAUAGAUUGGACUUGCUUUGGCGUGUCAUCCAUGGUCGUAUUCCGGUUCUGGACGCGUAAUCGUGGAUUUGUUGCUAAGGCGCUUCGCUUGUGCGGCUUCUGGGUGACGUACACAAUAUCGAACUCUGAGAGUAACAUCUGCCACCUUGCUGUACGGCCCGCGAGGGCUGGCUUUUCAAAGAGAGACUUCAGCGGGUCCAAUCAGUUGAUAGGCACUAUACCUAAAGAGGUUGGAAAUCUUACAACUCUUUCUGUGCUUAACUUGAAUUCAAAUCAUCUUGAAGGAAGAAUCCCAACUGAGCUUGGCAGGGAGAUUCUGAGGCAAGAAGAGAGGCCGAACCCCUUGUUGAAUCCCCUCCAUCAAACCGGCUUUCAGUUCUUUCGUACAAAUGGGACCCCGGCUAGAAGUGGUGGAAGGGCAGUAGAAGCCCACGGAGCAGUAGUAGAUAGAACCUACCUCUACUGUGGGCACCGCUUCCUCCAGGGUGGAUACACUUUUAAAAACCCUUCUUGGCCUUGCAAGUGA